UAAACGGCACUUGAGAUCACUAAGAAUAUUCUCUUCUACGCGUAAGGUUGCAACUAACACCUCUAAAAUGAAUAUCUUUUUUACAGCAGCGACGUUUUACAUUUUGUUAUUUAUAUGUGAUCAUUUUGUCACAGUCGAGGCAGCAUCAGGCGAAAAAAAAUUAAAGCUGGAGGCUCUGCCAGUGAAUGGCUCAGAUGAUAUAGUGUCAAAACUGAGCGUAUCUGGGAACGGGCAACGUAAUGGCAACAGAAACGAUUACUGUAGUGGUGGUGGUGGUAUGUAUUGCCAAACCGGUACGUACUGCUGUUAUAACGGAGGUUGCUGUGAAGACGGCUAUGAAUGCUGCAGCGCCGAAUGGUGCUGCGGCGAUUCCGGUGCUGCAGGACUAACGGGAAACAUCGUAAUGCUGCUGUGCUGCAUCACUGGCUACGUCCUUACGAGCAUGGACAAAAACAAUUCCAUAAAAGAUUUAACGCGAUAAGUCGUGCUGAGUAGCUAGUAGUUUGUACAUAUAUUUCGGUUUGCAUUAAAAAAUUAAGACUUCACGGCUGUUUGAGAAUUCACGUGUAAAAGUAAACUCAAUAAUAUUUUCUAUAGUAAGAUACUAAACUGCUUUGUUCAUUGAUUGAUUUCUAAUAUGUAGCGUGUUUUAUGAUUAAAAAAAUCUGUGGUGCUUUUUCUUCCCCAACAAGUGAAAUUGCGAAGCAGUGCUACUAUAAAACAUACUAUAAGUUUAUUAUACUCCACAAACAUAGAAACAUUAGGUCAAUCCAAAAUAAAGCAGUGACUUGAUUUAAAGGGAAAACUUUAACACCCGUUAUUUAUCAAGCGUCAAAGGUGACUGUAUUUCAUUGUUAUAAACUAAGUAUUAACUUUAAAAUUAAAAAUCCAUCUAUAAAAACAA